AUGGCUUACGAUCACCCCGUCCAGAACAGUGAGGUCUACCUUCUCAAUUCUGCACCUCAUGCCUGCCUUCCUGCUUCGGCUCCACCAUCACCACCAACUCCUAGUACAUCAUGCGACGAACUUCCACCCCCACUGGACGACCUCAUGUCUUUGACUCCCCCGAAGAUAGAAAAGGGAUGUCCGCCCUUUAAUCAACGCUUGACAAGAGCAGUUCAUGUUCUUAGUACAGAAGCAACAUCUCUCUCAUCCUUAACAAUGCUGUAUGACACUGAUCCAGUCGCAAGAGAUGGAUUCAGUCAUGCUGUGGAAGCUAUCAAAAAAUCAAUUGGAGAGAGAGGAAAGCUUGUAAUUUGCGGUGUGGGAAAGAGCGGACACAUCGCCCAGAAACUCGUUGCGACAAUGCGCAGUCUCAAGAUUCCAGCAAUAUUUAUUCACGCAACAGAAGCUGUGCACGGGGAUGUUGGAGCUAUCGGGAUAUACGACACAAUCCUCCUGAUAACUUUCUCCGGCAAAACCAAAGAACUAGUUGACUUACUUCCUCAUCUCGACCCGUCACUUCCAAUGAUCGUUUUGACUGGCCAUAGACAUCGAUCAAGUUGCGAAAUCAUUAACCUUCGACCAAAGGCGAUUUUAUUACCAGCGCCAAUUCAUGAAUCAGAAACGUUAUCAUUUGGUUGUUCAGCUCCAACAACAUCUACCACAAUGGCCAUUGCCGUAGGAGAUGCUCUCGCUUUAGCUACCGCACGAGAACUCCAUUCAGACAUUGCCGCCGUCUUUUCCAAAAAUCAUCCCGGUGGUGCAAUUGGUGCUGCAUUUAAGGCAACUCAAACCGUAUCUGACAUCGCGAUCUGUCUCGCCGAUAUGCCAGAUCUUGGCAAUGGACCAAACACAGGAGCUGAUGUCCUCAUUAAAGCUUAUGGGUCAGAAUCUGGCUGGGUUAGAUGUGGAACAGAUAUCGUCAUACCACCAAGUUGCAUCAAACAGCUUGGGAAGUCCGACAUGAAUUCGUCAGCGACUUCUAUCAAUGGUUUGAUGAUACCUAAAACGAAUUGGAUCACUAUUCCAGCUGAUACUGAAGUUUCAGCAGCAAAAGAACUAUAUGGAAAUUUUAUUUCAGAGACUAGUUUCACACAUUCCGACAAUACCAUCCUAGCAAUUAUGGAUGAUCUUGAACUGAUAGGAGUUUUGCAAAUCGGUGACCUAGUCUGA